UAUUCUCCGAGCCGGUUACUUUUGUUUAUAAAAUGCUGUAUUCUCUUCGAACUGCCGUACUGAAUAACAAGCUUUAGUGAGUUAGCUUAAUUCAGCUUAACUGGUAUCUUUCUAGCCUUCAAUAUUGUCUUCAACUUUCGACAAAACAUCGCCGUCGUUUUUGCUAUCGCCAGCGGAUACAAAGAAAACAGCAAGUUAGCUCGGAAAAAUAAGCCAACGCCACCUUCGUAAGGUCAGCAACUAUGCCUUGUACAAUGCUACCUACAAGGCUUACAACGUGCCUUCAAUUACGACGUGCAAUCAAAUAACUGCACCAAAGUCCUGUUUAACGGCCUAUUAAAAUGUGUGCACUUUCUGGGUUUUCUACUUCGGGUGGCUGCAUACGGUGACAGCAGUUUUUAUCAUCCGUAGGAUGAUCCAAACUAUAACGGAUCUCUUUAUAAUAGACAUCGCAUGCUCUAUAGUUCAGUGAGCCGUUUGCCAUGAUAACCACGUCCGAAUUUUAACCGUCUUCAAAAGCUCCGACUUCUUUUCGUGCUCAUGCAUUUCUUUGUUAUAUACAGGAGGAGAAGAUUUUCAUAAAGCUCAUAUUUUAAACAUAUUAAAACAUGACACCACUUCGUUCAAGAACUGCUCUAUCUCUUCACUUGGGUAAUUUGAAUCGAUACCUCUCUACUGGUGUUCCGGGGUGCAGCCCGUAACAACAGCUAAGCAAUUAAACUAAUACUUUAGGAAUAUCCCUUUUCUACGCAAUCUAAUUGUAGAUUAUGGGAGGCAAGACAAUGAACGCGGACUCUAGUCAGAGUGUCACGUAUCACCACAUCGUUGUGGGAGGUCAGAUCACUGACAGGAAUACACCGUCGUAGGCCAGAUCCGUUCAUAGAAGUUGGCCCGGGUCCAACCAUUAGUAUCGUUCCCAAUUUGUGACAGUGGCCGAUAUUGCGGAAAAGAGAGUUUGGCCGCGAAAAACCACUUCCUGCAGAGGAAUAUUUAACAAAAAAGGGGAGCAAGACGAAUGCCACAUAGGCACACUACAAAAACCUGAAAACCAUGUACUGCAAACAAAGGCAACGCCGUCCUUACCGCGAGGAGUAACAUCCAUCGUAGGUGGAUCAGAGACUUGCAACUACUCACCGCCAUUUACUUUGACGCUUUCACUGUAGCUGAAUUUUACCUCUUGUCUAGCACAACUCGGAUAACAGAAUGCUUGCGUCUAAGUAGUCGGUCAAGAAACCUCAUUACCAAAACAGUUUACAGACUCCGGCUGCCACUAUACAGCAUCGAUUAAGGACGAAUCAUCGAGAAGCGCAUCGCUAUCACCAAAGCGUGUUGUCAAUGGGGUUGGCUUUACUCUUGCAUCUAAGCCGAAAAUGCGAUCCGCUUCACAAGUCCCUUACAAGAGGCUUUACGAAAGUAGAGCUUACAGCAGCCAUGGACAACAACAAGCCCUUGCUGGAGGCGUUAAAAGACACUCCUCAGCGACGGAGUGAUCGCGAAAGGCCAGAGCGAGAUGACGACAAAGCCAGACCACGAAGCAGUGACAGGGUCAGUCGCACGGUAAAGGGAAUCGCGGCAACGGAAAAGAUAUACCCGAAGCCGUUCAAGCUGAAUUAUCAUGAUUGUCCCGGAUGAGUGAUGAAAGGGGACUGAAGUUAAUAUAAGACAAGCCUUGUCAGUUAAUACAGAAAUCGCCAAAAUAUUUGUUCAUCGUUCCCGACAACUAUCUCGUUUGCGGGAGCGAGAUAGCUAUUUUGGACUGGCAACAAAGUCAAUGCCCGUGGAGAGAUACGCCAUGCGCGCUGGACGCUUAAACCCUAAAGUGCACAGCAGUCCGUUGCAUACCUGUAGAUCGUUGACGGCGGCACAGUCAACAGCAAUAAAAGCCACAGGGCCGAUAAUGAAGACAACAGUGCCGGUUGCGGUAACAUCGGGGCAGCUGCAAUGGAACAAUGGAAACGACCGGAAUAAUGAUAACAUCCGAGCGUCGAUGAGUAUUUGCGGCGUCCCGCCUAAAAAGGUCGAAAUUGGCAUUGCUCCGCCUCCCAACAUCGCCGAGGUUAAGUCACGCAUUGGAUCCAUGGACAAUGUCAAACAUAAACCCCAAGGAGGCAACGUUAAGGUGGAGACUCAAAAAUUGGACUGGUCUGCCAAUUCGCGUGUAGGUUCAAUGCAAAACGCAAACUAUCGGCCUGGAGGCGGGGAAAAGAAAAUAAUGACACAGAAGGUCCUUAUAAGCGCUCAAAGCAAGAUUGGAUCUUUGGACAAUGCGACGCAUAAGCCCGGUGGUGGCAACGUCAAAGUCGAAAGCCGAAAACUGGAUUUUAAGGAAAAAGCACGGUCUAAGGUCGGCUCCAUGGACAAUGUAAAACACGUGCCUGGUGGAGGCAAUAUACAAAUUUUCGAUCAGAAGUACGCUACUUCCUGUACCAAAACUAAACGAAUCUCUUCUCCAUGCUCGGAUACGUCAAACGAGAAACGUUCACUACCACAGACUCCGACAACACAAACAGAGCAAUAAGAUGCACCAUUAUGUGUACCAUAUAUCCUUACAUCACCUACGGCUUAUUUCAACGUAUAUACAUGGUCAAUAGUACACACCUAAAUUUAAGUUUAGCCACAGGGUCAGCCAACUUCUACGAUCUUUGUGGCUACUGAUUUUUGGCGUCACGCCUAGUAGAAUAAAACGUCUCACGUUACUGUCGCGAA